AUGGGCGGGUGGCUUUCACGUCUAUCUGCUUUGGCAGGGUGGGGCAAGAAAGAAGUUAGGAUUUUGAUUCUUGGGCUGGAUAAUGCUGGCAAGACUACUUUAUUGUACAGAUUGAAGAUCGGCGAAGUUGUGACGACCGUCCCUACCAUUGGAUUCAACGUUGAAAGCGUCACAUAUAAGAAUCUUAACUUCAAUGUCUGGGAUCUGGGCGGGCAGACGAGCAUCCGACCGUAUUGGAGGUGCUAUUACGCAAAUACUGCGGCCGUUAUAUUUGUUGUCGAUGCCACGGAUAAAGACCGACUCUCGACAGCUAGUGAAGAGCUUCAGGCUAUGCUAAACGAAGAGGAGCUGAGGGAAGCAGCACUUUUGGUCUUUGCCAACAAGCAAGACCAGCCUGGGGCUCUAGGCGCUGGCGAAAUCUCCACAAUUUUGGAACUCCCGAAGCUAAAAGACCGAAGUUGGAGCAUUGUCGCAUGUAGCGCUGUUACAAACUUGGGUAAGAUCUGUGUCUGUAAACACAUCGAGACUAGGCCUAGCUGA